AUGGUGGAUGUGAAGUGUCUGAGUGACUAUGAAUUACAGCAUGAACUUAGUAAGCUUGGAUUUUCACCUGGACCAAUACUACCUUCCACCAGAAAAGUGUAUGAAAAAAAGUUGGUGCAACUGUUGGUCUCACCUCCCUGUACAUCACCUGUGAUGAAUGGACCUGAGGAGCUGGACGGAGCUCAGGAUGAUGACGACAGUGAAGAGCUUAAUGCCACUAUCAUUUUGAAAGGAAAUAUCAUUCUCUCAUCAGAAAAAAACAAGGGACCCAAAAAAAGACCCGAGACUACCAUCACUAAACCAAAAGCCCUAGAUAUCUACUGCCUGGCUUAUAAGACUUCUGAGGGAAUAAGGUUACCUUCAAGAGCAUCAGACACCCGAUUCAAAGGAUGGAGUAGCACCCGAGAGACAGACUACUGGCCCGUGAACAGGAGUUUUGAGUGCGGGAACCUAGAAAUUCUUCCAGUGGGCUUGAAGCUUGCUAUGUUUGGCAUCUUUAUCAUUGUGAUCUUUGUCUACGUAACAGUGGAAAGGAAGCCGUUCUUUGGCUAA